AUGUCAAUUCUGCUCUCUCAAGAGCUGCUCAUCUCCACAACACUCGUGGUACUUGUUCCCCUAUACUACUUGUGCUUGAGGGUUAGUUGUAGAUCAAAGAACCAAUCAGUGCUGCCCACAAACUGGCCAAUACUCCACAUGUUCCCUUCCUUCAUGUCCAACCUCCACAACUUGCAUGACUAUUUCACCCUAGUCUUUGCUGGAUCCGGCCACAGCUUCAGGGCGCAUGGCCCACCUGGCAGCGGCAUGAGGUUCUUCAUCACAUGUGACCCUGCCAACGUCCGGCACAUCUUCACAACCAACUACGCCAACUUUCCCAAGGGUACGAGGUUCGCCGAUACAUUCGACAUCCUGGAUGGAAGCCUCUUCAUCAUUGAUGGCGAGCCGUGGCGUCGGCAUCGCACAAAAGUCAAGGGCUUGCUUGCUAGACCACGACUAGUUGCCAGUAUGGUGGCUUGCUGCUGCCGGAAGGUGGAGAAUGACCUCCUCCCGUUGUUUACCCACAUGUCAAACACAAACAUUCCAUUCGACAUGCAACAUAUGAUGUCCAGGUUUAUGUUUGACCUGGCUGCUAUGCCUCUCUUCGGUGUUGAUCCUGGCCUCCUAUCAUCGGAAAUGCCACCCAUGGUUGUCGCGGUUGCCUUGGACAUAGUCAUGGAGGUGGUAUGCUUUCGGCACAUGAUGCCAUCUUAUUGCUGGAAACUGAUGAGGUGGUUAAACAUCGGUCCUGAGAAAAAGCUCAAUGUGGAGCACACACUGCUACGAAGGUUCAUCAAGGAGAUGAUGGAGAGGAGGAAUAUCAAGACGUGGCAAGUUAAUAAUGAUGAGGAAGAAGAAGGUGUGGAUAUUGUAUCUUUCUUCCUCGAUGACCCAUGCUACGCUAAUGAUGACUUGUUUUGUGCUAUCACCAUUGGCUACAUGCUCGUUGCGAGGGACACAGUUGGAAUAGCCUUGACAUGGAUCUUCUACAACCUCGCCCAGAACCCUAAC